AUGUCGCAAGCACCCGCAUUUCAUUCGCCACCAUCAAGCCCCGAGUCGGACUAUGGUAUGCCACAAUCGCCCGGAACUCCCCUGACUCCUCCGCCACACAACUGGUAUAUUAUGCCACAAGCGCCCGCAAGUCCCACACCCCCAUACCGAUUCCCGUCAGCCGAGGUGCGGCGUUCAUUCGUAGAACAGCAUGCAGAGUUCAUCGUUAAGAUGAUGAAGUGCAGAAGCAUGGAGCUUUUUGACUGCAAAGACCCAAUCGUCCAAAUGGCGUCGGCAUACAUCUAUGGGAUACAGGAGGAAAACGCUAGUCGUAAGUGGAGCACUCGCACCCAUCCGCUCAAUUACAAAGUCAUAUCUAACAACUCCGUCAAUCAAACAGACUAUCUGUAUGCUCCCGAUAUUCAGCACCCUAUAACCUUUAGUGAAGCUUACUUCACGCUCUGGGCGCAUACACCAUGGGGCACAAGUCAGGUCAUGCCGUGGACGGCUUUUCGCCAGACAGUUUAUGGUGCUUUAGAAGCCCCACGCUUUCUUCGCGAGGUACUCACACGUGGAACUCCAUUAUAUUCGGAGUGGAAAACUGGUCAAGGCCUACGACUCACGGUCCCUCAGAGGAUAGCAGCGGCACUACUUCGAUCAAAAGGUCAAAUAAUGUGUGGUAAAUUGGCACACAUCCAUGUCAAGGACAUGUUCAUACUCGUCCACAGCCACUACCUCCCCUGGGUUACUCUCAACUCUGUCGCGAACUUCCUCUACUUGCACGAGGAAAAUUUCGACCAGGAUUUCCUGGCCACCGAGGUUCACCAUGAGUACACCUUUUUCACAUUGCCACCUGGGCAAGAGAACAAGAUUUUCAAGCCAUGCUCGGGCAUUGAUUCACGAUUGGUGACGAAUUUGCCUGCCGAGCUUAUGCUCAAGAUCCUCGAAAGUGUCUUCAAGAUCGAUGGUGACAUCCACGUCGUUUUUGAUGAAAACGAAGAUGAAUACGUUUUCCUCGUUGAGAAGGAGCGACGUCUGAAGAAGUACCCGUAUGGGCUUCAGGGAGUAGAACUCCCCUAUGGAAACUUUUGGAAGUUGCCGACUACAAGCCACUUCUUUGCCUUUGGCAUCGCUGGUAGAAAAAACUGCUUCAUGAUGAAGGAUGUGUUCUACAAGAAGAACACAUUCAUCGUACAUGAUGACCCCUUGAACAACUCUCUUCACUGGGCACAACAAAGGCAAAGGAGCGGCUUGUAG